UUGAAAACGUCAAAAAACCAAAAAAAGCCGCAAAGGCCACAAUAUUUUUAUUUAUUUUCAUUGUUAUUUGUUUUAUUAUUGUUGAAUAUAUCUCAAAGGAGUGUGCUACAAUCGCAAUUUAGUCUAGUCCUAGUUGUACCUACAGCAAUUCACUCGCAACCCAAAGCCUUGACUUUUAUUGUGCCAUAAAAUUGUUGAUUGACGAUCCUUUGUUUGAAAAUAGUUGUUUCUGUGAGUUUCCGUCGACUUUCGAGGCUGGAGACUGGUGUUUUCGGUGAAUAAUUUUAAUAAUUUGUGCACCUCAAGACAAUAAGCAACCAUUUGGGGUUUUUAAAUCAGUUUUCUGCUUUUAUUCUUAUUGGUAUUUCGCAACCAUACUGUUUCGUUCAUUGCCACUGCGGACAUGGGUUUAUUGCUCAACAGUCGUCGACAAUUAGGCGCGGCGCUGCAGAGCGGGAAAGUGACCAUAAAAAUUAAAAAAAAUUAUUAAGAGAACUAAAACAAAAUAACCAUAAAAUGUCUGCAAUAGAAAAUACACAUAGUGUUUGGUCUAUCAAUAAUGAAGGGGUGAACCCAAACCCAAGGUAUGAGAAAUGUCGGAACAUAACAGAGGAGAUUUACAAGAGGAUUAAUAUUACCUUUCAAAUAAAAAAGCUUGAAACAGCAGAGCAGAGUGAUAUAUCAGAUCAGAGUGACCAAAUAGAUAGUAACGAACUGAGCAACGAGACGGACCUGUUUGCGUGCGACAAGAGCUCCAUAACAAGUAGUACUGACGCUGAACAGGACCGCUCUGCGGAGAAGGUUGAGAAAUAUAUCAAUAUUAAUAACAAUGAGGAGCCAAAGGUCAAGAAACCAAUUGUCGUGUACAAGAGGCCUAAGAAAAGAUUCCGAAAACGUGUGAAGAAACGGCAGCCAAGUGCGGUAAGGGACUCGGAUGGCUCCAGCGACGAGGCGGUGCCUCUCAGCCGCAUGGUGGAUGUGGACACGAAGGCUGACGACGAGGAGGACAUCAUGGGGGUGCCCAACAUCAUUAUUGUCACUAAAGAUCUCAAAUCAAAACCAGUAAAACAAGAAGAGGUUCCAUCUGAGAAAACAGAGAGUACCAUAGACAAGCCAUCGCCGAUCAUAGACAAGCAGACUAAAGAAAUAGGUCAGACUUGGGAAUGGAAGAAUUGUGCACUUUGUGGAACUGCCUUCCGUGGCGAAAGAGGUUUAAAACGCCACAUGGCGAUGACCCACAAGGUGUACUGAGCAGACCGCAUAUGUGCGGCGCGCGUUCCACGUGCACCGCUUUUAACUGGUAUUAACUGGUUCAAACCGGUAACCCCCUGAAUAUGUUGAAUUUGUGACAAUUUCGCAAUAAGUUUCGUGACUUCAUUUCUAUUCGAUACUGGCUGCAAGUCUUUUUUUUUUAAGAAGUAGACUUCCAACAGUAAACUUAGUUUUUAAGUAAUUUAUUUGACGUCAACCAAUGUUGUGAAACUAAAAGUUUUGACAAUUAUUAAGCGAUAUGAAGUAUCUUAUAAUAAUGAAUAAAAAAAUUUAAUUUUUUUAACAAUGCUUGUGGUAUAUUUGAAGAAAAUUACGUGGCUAAUUUUCUGCUUAAAACUGGCUGCAAGUAAAUCUUUUUAAGAAGUAUUAUGAGCUCCGAGAAGUCUUAGUUGCGUGGAACAUAUAAGUAACCCAUUAACAAAUUCGAAAAGAAAACAACAAAUUUCCGUAUGUUUAAAAUUAGAACAAUUUAAAAAAUAAAUGGAUUUAUUUCUUUUUUAUUUUGUACGUUCGAAACUUGCAUAAAAAUGUAUAUUUUUCCAGGUAUCUAUGGGCAGCAGUUUUUUUUAUAUAAAAUUUAUUGUCAGUAUAUUCAGGGGGACAGCUGGUUCCUAUAUUGUGUAGAAUAAUUGGUGGUAAGAUGAAGAUUUCGGUACCAAAUUUGUAUAAGCGUGGAUGGAUUCAAUUAGGAAUUGCGUGUUAUGUGCUAUUGUCUUGGUAUAAAAUUUGAUAGACACAGUUUUAGUCGUGUUUAAGAUUUGAAACACAUUUUCUGUGGCAUUUUAAUUCUACAAACGUUCAUCACCAAUAGACGCUUGAUAUCGACAUUUCCAAUUUUUUGGAGUACAUUAUUUUUCUACGCAUAGAAAAAUUUCAAAAUUUCAACUUUUUCAUUAUUUUUUUUAAGAGCUAUCUAAACCUAAUAUUGUGUUAGUAAGAUCUUAAAGUGAAAAUUAAAAAAAAUCUAAAAAUAAUACAAUUUUUAUACCAAGGUAAUAGCAAUUUUUAUGUGGCAGGGUCAACUAUCUGUGAUCGAAGGCAUUAUGUGAUUGUAGGUUAGAAAGGAAGACCCGCCAUAGACAAGAUAUGUCACAUUCAUCGUCGUCUAUGGCGGGAGUAGACAAGCGGAGAGUUUCGGUCGUUUUUGAGUACAAAAUUCUAUUUAAAAAUGUUUAAAUAUAAAGUUUUACUCCUCUUACAUAUUAUUUAGGUUAAGAAUUUUUCAAGAGCCGUCUACGGUAGGUAUGUUGAAGAUUUUUUUUUAUUAUAAUCUCUGGUUUGGGUGUUGCAAUAACAAAAACUUUUGAAUACCAAGCGAGUCUUUUUUCGUUUUGUUGUUUUAAAUGUGGUGCUUCUAGUUGUGUUAAUGUAGUGAGUAUAGAUAUAUAUCAUAUUUUAUCUAUAAUUUAUUAUUAAGUUAUAAUUAUAAUUUAAUGUUGCUCUUGUACGGUUUGGAAUUUUUUUUUAUACAGGAUGUGUUGAAAAAUGUUGCUUAAAAUAAUUGUGAUUCCUAAGAACAUCCGUUACAUGCUACUUUUUUUACACGCAUCCUGUAAACUUGACAUUUCGUGUUGUGCAAAAAGGCGAGAAUACUAAUUUUAUUUGUUUAGCUAUACAUAUUUCCAUUGUUAUAUAAACAUGUAUGGUAUAUUUGUGUUUAAAAAUAGGUAACUUACUACACGAUGUUUAUUUUUUCGUUUUAAAAAAUAUUUGAAAAUUGGAUAAAAUCCUGUUAAAUGAUUUUCGUAUUUUUUUUUCACUUGAAACUUUAUGUUAAAUUUCCAUUUGCAAAGGUGCAUUGCCAUUGAAAAUGAGCUAGUCAUAUUGGAACAUCGUUCUUUAUCUUCCAAAAAGUAUUCGCUGUAAUUGAUAAUGAUUUUAACAAAUUAAAAGUCUUAAGCUGGGCCCGGACAUGUUUUUUAUCCGUACCGUACCUCUGUAUCGUAUCAGCGUCGCGAUCAUGAAACGCUAGUUGUAAGCACGUUAGGUACGGUAUUGUGAUACCGAGACAGGUGCGAUCCGAUCCGUCGCGAUUCAAAGUAGGUCCCGGAUUCGAAUCCCGGCUAGGGAAUAUUGACAAACAAAUUUUACCUACCUGUUUCUGUAUCACAGUACCUUAUACGAACAUACGUCCAUACAAGAGUUCUAUAAAAGCGACCCUGUUACGUUACGGAGGUACCGAGUACCAUACCGUACGGACAAAAGAACAUGUCUGGACACACCUUUAUAUUUUCAUUUUCCUAAGUGCUGACAUCUAUUGUGAGGAUUUGUAAAAUCCCUUAUUACCCGUGUAAAACUCGUGUAAACCAUAUACAAUAAAGUACCCGGCGUUUUUGUUGACCUAUGACACGUUAUCAGAUAUAUGGACAGAGGAGACGCGAUUAUAGCACCUGUGCUGCGUACCUCAGACCAAGAACUAAACGCAUACAAAGCAUUUAAUAUCUCUUGCCCGUGACAGCAGACAAUUUUUGUUUGGCGCGAAAAUAUUUGAGCGGUUGAGCCAAUCAGAGCCCGCCAUUUGAACCCGCGAACUCAACUAAUAGAAAUAGCAGGACACAUUUUGUUUUUGUAUUUUAAGUUUUGCGUACUUGUAAAGAGGUUGUUAUUUUAUUAACUAUUUUCGUUUCGUUUUAUUUUAUCAUUCGGCGGUGAAUGCUACUAACAGUAUGUAAACAGAUCCAAAUUUACUGAAGUUGUAUGCUUUUAGUCCUUGUGUAUGUGCGCGGACCACCGCCAUAUUGGUUUUAUGUUCCGGGUGUAAUACUUUGAAAAAAUCUACCUAUUGAUCUCUUUCUGGUGUCAUUGAUCGUGGUGCAAUGCGUGUUGCCAUAUGUAAUAAUUAUUUUUAAUCUACGUUUAGCUGUAUCAACAUACGAUUGAUCAUAUUUUAUAUUUAUAGUAAUUGUUCCUUAUUAAUAUAAUCAUUGUUCAUUUAUGUAAUAAAUAAAUACUUUGUAUUGACAUAAGUUUCAAAUAAAGUACGACUUGGUUGUACAAGACACAGCCCUUGCGAAAAAAACGGGCGAGAUUAAAAAAAAAUUAAAGGUUCACCAGUUUUUUUUUCUCAUAAAAAUUUAGGCGGCAAGCUCUUAGAUCUUGUCCUGUCAUGGGAAAACUGGCAAACCUUUUUGUGAUUUACAAAAGUUCUAAAUUCGAAUCUUCUUAAAUUUAAGAGCUAACCCUUGUCAGUGGAAUUAAGUGGAGCUUCCUCCAUUUGUGUCUUUUCUCUGUAGAUUUUUUAUUUGUGGUAUGUUGUGUACUUUUUGCUUAAUUUGGUCAAAUAUUCUUGGUCUUCCUCUGCCUCUCUUUCCAUUUAUUUUUCCUUCUACUAUUGUUUUAAAAAUUGUCAUUUCGGAUUAAAAACCCCAUCAUUUUCCCUCUGCUAUUUUCUAUCGUUUUUAAAAUGUUCUCUUUCUCUGCAUAACACUAAAUUCCAAUAAAAAAAACUGUAAAACAUAGGUACUAAAUUUUAAAGAAAGUUCUGACAAGGGCAAAGAAUAAAAUACAAAGGUUUAGGUCGAAGCUAGUGGAAGAAAUACUUCUUUUUUUUCUUUUUGCAAUAAAUUCAUUGAUUGAUAAUUUUCCAAAUAUAUUUAUUAUAAUCGGAAGUUCCUAGAUAUUUUUUAGAUAUUACCGAUUUGUAUGUUUUUUUUUUAUUGCAAUAAUUUAAUUUUCAUUAAAUCUUACAUUAAAACAGAAAAAUGUCUGUAAGCCAAGUCGUUUAAACAUAUAUUAUGUUUUUGUUAUGGAAUUGAAGUAAUUUUUAAGUUUGUAGUAGCUAAUUAAUAUGAUUCGUUAAAGUUAAGAGAUCUGUUACAUAUGUAUGUAGUUAAUUUUUAUUUAAUUAAUGUGCGAAAGAGACGGACAUGCUAGUCGAUGGUAUGGGUGCGUGACGUUUAAAAAAUUAGGAUUUUAAAGGUGAAAAAAUCAAAAUAAUUAACUUUAUCCUGAUUUAUUGAGUUUUGUUUUUGGACCUGAGGUUCUAGUAUCUCCAAAGAAAAAUAGAGAAAAGCAUAACCACAUCCUUUGCAGUUUGGGUAAAAUAGAACUAACCCAAUGAAAUCAACCGCACGAAGACGCAAUUUGAUAGACAUAUUUUCAGAUCCUUUUUUUUUUUUCUUGAAAGUAUUGUGUAAUGAGAAGUUUGUAUUCUAGUCUAAAUUGUUUAGUUUUAAUUUAUUUUCGAUGUGUCAUGUAAUGUUUUCUUUUCCAAAAAAAUCUAGUUCCAUCUUUCCAUACCUUUGAAUUAAAAAAAAGCAUGUUACUCCAGCAAAUGAAGAAUAAAAAAACGUAUUGUAAAAAAAAUUGUGAUUUUAGCUAUAUUUCCAGCAGUAAUUAAUAUGAUUUGCUGUGAAUUCUGAAAUCAAACAUUUAUUAAAGAAAUGUCAGAUAUUUUUUCAUUGGUCCUAAAACUGUUAGUAAAAGCUUCUUUUGCUGUUUUCAAAAAUUAAUUUUGCUGGUGAAACAUGCUUAAUUAAACGCUCAAAUUAUUUACAAUUUUAGCGCUAAAAAUCUAUAGAUAGGUAAAUGAUAGUUAGUUCUCUUGCCGUAUUUUAAAUGUAAUAGAAAUAAUAUUUGUGUGGUGUAUUUGGUAUUGGCACUUCGUAAAAGGUUCAUUUUAUUUACUUAUUAAAUUGGCAGAAUUAAAUACCCAAACGACUCAAGAGAAACCUGCGAUUUGAAACUAGAACGAUUUGGGGAUGUCCUGAUGGUCUCGGAAAGCGA